GGAUUCAGUCCAAAGGGAAGUUUCCAAUGGUCCUUUUAUUCAAUCAGCUAAAGUUCAAAAACAUAUAGAAGAUGACAAAUUGAAGUUAUUUAAAUGUGGCAAAGAUGCUUUGGACUAUAUGGUCAAUAAAUAUAUGAGAUUUCAAAAUUGUAACGCAGAAAAUUUGGAAAAUCUUAAUGUUUUCUUAUUACAUGCGCAUGGAACAUCUUUGGAUUUAUUUAUUGUUGAUAGAAGCAUUGCACCAUUUUCUCGGUUAAGGAAAUUAGAGAAUGUCAAAAUUCCAUAUAAUAAUAAUUCAACAAAUGAAUUGAUCGAACUAAUUCGUGUAUUAUUCACGUUUAGUAUUUUUAUUGAAAAAAAUCUAGAGCUUAUGAAGUCAAUUGAAAAGGAAUGUAAAAGCUUGAAACAAGAUGAAGCUGAUGAAAGUAGCGAUGGGGAAGAGAAAAAUGAAUAUGAAAGUGCUGAUAAUAGAGCGGCCGGCGGCUCCGUAACAACAGCAAAUCCAAAAAACAUGGCAGGCGAAUUCGCAUCUCAAUUUAUCGAUUCAUCUACCAAAGAAGCUAGGAUUCCCAAAUCAAGGAUUUUUUUGUUUGGUAAUAGAUCAGUUCGUAGAUUUCAACCUCAUACUCUGGAACUACUGAAAAGCAAAAAGGGGUUUGAAAUCACACAUACAAAUGCUGUAGCUAAUAUCGAUAUGGCACAGAUUUCAUCUACAGGUUGCUUCCGCAGUCUUCUUCCUGGAUUCAAUUUGAUGACAUUUUGUCGAUGUGUUCAAAAAUAUAAAGUCAACUUUAUUUACACGGUUCCACCGAUCAUACUCGCAUUAGUUAGAUCACCUUCGGUUGAAAGCAUGUCAAGUGUGGAAUUUGUAUUUUCUGGUGCAGCUGAAAAUUUGUGCAAAGACCUUUAUAAUAUUUAUAAAAUAUCGGUUAGACAGGGAUAUGGACUCGCCGAAUCGUCUGCAUUAAUAUCGAUAUGUGAGAAAGAGAACAUUGUCUCAGAAUCAGGAUAUGAUAAACCUG